UGGUAAUGGCUUCUACUUACUGAGCUACCUUUAUGAGAAAGCCAAAUACAAUCCAAAGAAAAUUCAUGAGAUAUGAUGCAUCGGCUAGUAAAACUAUAAAAAUAUGAUUGCCUGAACAUUUAAUUGUCACGAUAGCUAGUAAUUUUCAUCGAAUUUUAUUCGGGGCCUACGAAAUAUGUGUUGAAACUGUUUACCGAGCAACGAACGUAACCAUUAUACUCAUUGCUACGUUGGACCCAGCCCGAUGCGAAGGAACCCAACAUUCGGCGUGAUAUCACAAGAUUUAUAUUGCACUAGGUGACAUGCCUAGCAGUCGUGAUAUUGAACGAGCUGAACGUAAUGGAAGAUUUCGAUCGCGUAGAAGAGACAGUACAGGCAGUGAUAUAAAUCGUCACAGUUUUGACGGAUCCGACAGGAAGCACAGAAGGCAUGGAAAAAGUAAGAGUUCUGGAAAGAAGAAAAAAAAGAGGUCAAGAGAUAAAUCUAUAGAAAAUGUACCUACUGUAGCUUCCUCCAUUGUUAAACCUUUGGUUGAGUACUCGGAUGUGAGUAGCGAGGACUUGUCUGAACCAGAAGCAGGAGAGAUUCAGUCAGAAGAUAGCAGGGGUAAUAGCUAUACGGACGGAGAAGUACCUGAAACAGUUUUACAGAGACGUUAUUAUGGAGGGAGUCCAGUUCGUGCCCUUGGAGCAUCACCUAUUAGUCUUUCACCGUCUCCUCCAGUUCCACACAGGCAUUCUGGCAGACAUUAUUCACCGAAUGAACAGCAGCCUUCAGCAAUGCAUGGCGAUACACCCGAAUACGAAGAAGAGUCCCGACGAUAUGCAAGAAGAAAAGAGAAAAAACACAAGCGAGAAAAGAAAAAGAAAAGAAGUCUCAGUCCAUCGUCUAGCACUGGAAAGAAGAAGAAACGGAAGUCUAAAAGACAUUCUCAUAGUAUGAGCCCGCACCACGUGCCAGAUGAAAUUAUCAUAAGUCCAGAUCAUGAUAAACCAGUCGGGAAUUGGUCCGAGUCGCCGCCUUUACCACUGAAAGAUAGUACCUCGCCAAUAUCGCCUGCAACACCUCAGGAGCAAAGAUGUUUAAGUGAUGUCGAACUUGAAAUGUCUAGGCAGCCUCGAAACGUAACACCUCCGCCGCUUCCUCCAAGGCCGACAGAAUCCCCGCAUACCCCUUUGUUACCGCCAAGAGCAACAACGCCGGAAAGUAAUAAAGCAACUCUGUCUACGAUAAAACACACACCUGAAAGGCAAAAGCACAGUCCUAGUAUUCACGUUCGACGUAGCAGCGUUAGCCCAGGACCAACUUCGAAUCGUAGAAGGCCUCACAGCCCAAGCCCGCCGUCUAGACGAAGGGACCAUAGUCCAACAAGAAGAAGAGAUUUCAGUCCAAACCCAAUGGUGCAUAGACUCAGGCAUAGUCCCAGUCCGUCCUCGAGACGACGAGAAUUUAGCCCAAGCCCUGUGAGUCAUCGACGUAGGGGAGAUCCCGUUAGUUCUCCACCUUCGAAUAAACGCAGAAGACGGGAGGAGCCCGAUCGACGACACAGACAUCAUGAAAAAGACAGAAGGGAUAAAAGAAAGUCAAGGCCAACUAGAAGUCCUACUGGAAGCAGGUUGCAUUUACCUCUUUCUCGUUCACGAUCUCGAAGUCCUGGAAGAUGGCGGAAAAUGCAGUCACGUUCGAGGUCACGCUCGCGUAGACGAAGUCGCACUCCAAAGAAAUCACGUUCUCCCAGCAAGUCUCACAAAUCUACGAGGAAGCACAAGUCAAAAAGCCCGCGACCCUCGAGAAUACCGUCUCCUUCUCCUCACAGAUCCAGACCGAGAAGCCCGUCAAGCAUCACAGCACGAAAUCUCCGGGUACAGGCAAAGAUUAGUGAAACUAGUUUGUUCGCGGAACUCGUGAAGGACAGAAAUAUGAGAGAGUUGGCGUACAAAAAGUUACAGGCAGCCAAAGAAAAGGCUGUUAAUCAGGACGAAGUUCAGAUCAUAGAAGGGACAGACGACAAAGAUGCCAGCAAUACAUCGUCCGAAAAUAAAGCUUCCGUCGACAAUAAAGACAAAUACGUGAAUCACAAAGAUCAAUUAAAGACAACGAUCGAAAGCUUAAAAUCUGUUGAUGUUGUGGAUAUUCCUGUUCCAGUGUCAGACGAUAGUGGAAUCGCGGGAAAGACACCACCGUUGCCCAUGGCACAAUCUGUCAGUGCACCGAACUUAAUACCUGGAGGUAAUCAGCCUCCAACUGUUGUAUAUACUUCACCUACAAUCACCACGUCUAAUAAUUGUCCAGUGACUAUUACAAAUAGCCCAAUCUUUCCAACUGUUACCAAUGUACAAGCACCACCCCCGUUGCCACAGUCCGAUCCUGCGAACGCGUCGGGUUUACCGCAAUCAUCUGUGCCAGUACCGAUUCCUGUACCAGUACCUGUUCUACCAAACAUGUCUGUUCCACCGCCACCGAUACCGAUUCCAGUCCCGGCGCCAAACACGGCCAUGUCGAAAUUCAAUCCUCCUAAUAAUUUAGUUCCUCUUAAGUCUGUGGAUCCCCCUAAACCCCCUAUCGUGGCAUUCAAGACAAAAAGUUUGUCACGGUUACCGUUACCGCCUGGAAUUAAUCAAAAUGAUUUGGAGAGUAUAGACUCGCCGCCAAGUAGGUCACCGAGUCCACCAAGCAAGGCGCAAAUGAAGUUUCCCGCUUCGGCACCGAAAGCACCACCGAAGAAAAGUAUCAAAGAUCUACCUAUGCCUCCAGUCGUUCCUGGGUCGGAAGAUCUGAGCGGCGAAGAUGAUCCGAAUGCAACGCCGCCACGCACGAAGGUUGAGCGUGUCCCGCCGAAACCGAAGUUGAAGAGACCAAAAAUCCUAAAACGCAGAAGUUCGAGAAAUUGUCACACGCCUAUGUCGGCUUCGGGUGGGAAAGACUGGGGAGAACGCUGCGUCGAUGUAUUCGAGGUUAUAGCCCAGAUAGGGGAGGGUACUUACGGCCAGGUUUACAAAGCUCAAGACAAACGAGCCGGGGUACUUGUUGCAUUAAAGAAAGUCCGGUUGGAAAACGAGAAAGAAGGGUUUCCCAUUACGGCUGUACGUGAAAUCAAAAUUUUGCGACAGUUGAACCAUAAAAACAUCGUGAACUUACGGGAGAUCGUUACGGACAAACAGGAUGCCUUAGACUUCAGAAAGGACAAAGGAUCGUUCUAUCUUGUGUUCGAGUACAUGGAUCACGAUUUAAUGGGUCUAUUAGAAUCCGGGAUGGUCGACUUCAAUGAAAUGAAUAAUGCAAGCAUUAUGAAGCAACUAUUAGACGGAUUAAAUUACUGCCACAGUAAAAACUUCUUGCACAGGGACAUCAAGUGUUCGAACAUAUUGAUGAACAACAAAGGGGAAGUGAAGCUAGCGGAUUUCGGACUCGCAAGGCUGUACAAUGCUGAGGACAGGCAACGUCCUUACACGAACAAAGUGAUUACUCUGUGGUAUAGACCACCUGAAUUGUUACUCGGGGAAGAACGUUACGGACCCGCGAUAGACGUUUGGAGUUGUGGUUGUAUUCUAGGAGAAUUAUUUUCUAAGAAACCACUGUUUCAGGCGAACGUAGAGAUGAUGCAAUUGGAGAUGAUCUCCCGAGUCUGUGGUACACCGACUCCUGCCGUUUGGCCUUCUGUGAUAAAAUUGCCGUUGUGGCACACACUCAAGCCAAAAAAAUCGCAUAGAAGACGCUUACGAGAAGAUUUCUCGUUCAUGCCGGCACCAGCCUUGGAUCUGUUAGAUAAAAUGUUAGAAUUAGAUCCUGAAAAGCGAAUAACAGCCGCUGACGCGCUUAAAAGUUCUUGGCUGAAAAAUGUUCAACCCGAGCAGAUGCCGGCACCUCAGCUGCCUACUUGGCAAGAUUGUCAUGAGCUCUGGAGCAAAAAACGAAGACGUCAAUUGCGAGAACAGCAAGAGAGCUCUGCAGGAAAGAUACCUCUGCUACCUCUUCCAAAUAAAGGAGGUCCUCAUAAGGCUAUUGAAGAUCUAUCAGAUGUCGGGGGGUCUUCCAAACGUUUAAAAAUGGAAGCAGGCUACAGUUCUCAUCCAAACCGACUUGGUACCGAUUCCCAUUACGGGGGCGAUAAUUUGUUUAAUCAGAGUGGGCCAUUUAUGGUCUCACCUUCAUCAUAUUAUUACGCCAGUCCUCCACCAGUCAAACCUCGACUCAAAGGAGAUGCUGGCUCUCAUGUAACAGAGCUAUGUGCUGAAGAUAGUCUUGCUCGCAAAUUAAGUAUUCUCACAAAUGCCUUAAAUCAGGGAAAGCCGAUUCGUGUUGAUGAUCUCAUGUCACUUCGAUCAGAUAAUGAGAGUGACCCAAGAGUAGUACAGUUGUUGGGAGAAUUGCACACCGAACUUCGACUUGCUGCAAACUCAAGACCAAGUGGACAGCUAGAAUCUCACCUUCCUGUAUUAAAUCCACCAUCGUUAGAUACAAAUUCCUCUCACUCAGGAAACUUCGACGCGCACGCAGUUUAUGCUGGCGACGAUGCAAUGAGUUCUGGAAGAUGGUCACAACUGGCUACAGCUGGUGUUCGCAGUGCAUUAUUGGCGCUUAUGUCGCGCUACGGUUUGGAAACAUACAAUCCUUCCCCUGCUAUCACCCGACCCCCAGGUAAACCGGCAUCCAGCCUGACGCAGAACCUUUUCCUGCCCUCGACCUCCUCUCAGUCGGCAUUCAGCUCGUAA